AAAUAAAUAAAUAAAUAAAUAAAUAAAUAAAUAAAUAAAUAAAUAAAAUAAAAUAAAAUAAAAUAUGUCUACUACCUUUUUAUUAUCUUCAUUGUCUAUUGAGAAUGAAAAGCCUUAUCGAGUAGAGAUUAUUCCUGAAGAAAAACAAUCUAUUACCAAACAUCCUUCUGUUACUCAACAAGUUGUUGCUACCACUGCUAUUACUGCUACUGCUAUUACUGCUACUGCUGUUACUGCUGCUGCUGUUACUGCCACUGAAUUCACCAAUUGUUGUGAUAAACAAUGCAAUACUCUAGCAAGAGAAUAUUUGAAUUACAUUCGUUCAACAACUACUUAUCAAAAGCAAAUUAUGAUGGCUUGUAAUACCCGUUUGUUAUCCACUGUUCAAGGCUCGAUUGAACUUAUUCAAGCUCAUAGGUUAAGACAGACAUCAUGGCUUCCACAUUUACUCAAGGAGUUAUGCCAAUUGGGCAAAUUGAUUAAAGAUGCAAGUGUAGAGGUAGAUAGAGUGAUCCCUUUCUCUUCUCUCUAUAGUAUAGAAGAACGUAUAGCAUCAUCAUCAUCAUCGUCAUCAUCAUGUCCCUCCAUCUAUGAGGCUUAUGGUCGUGCCAUUCGAAUAUCUAUUUAUUAUGGUCGAGCUGUUCUUUACUAUAACGAUGACAAAUUUAUUUAUUAUUGUCAUAAAUGUAUAUCUGUACAUCCACCACCUACUCAUAUCGAUACAUCCACUCAGAGACUUCAACAGAUGGCCCUCAAGUAUUUAACAACAACUCAUAAACGUCCUAAACUACCUUCUCGAACAUCUUCCUUUUCUUCAUUCAUGUCCUUGUCUACCACUUGUUCUAACUGUGGUGUUGAAAAGAAAGGUAUGCCAGUCUGCUCCAAAUGUAAAGUACAAUCUUAUUGUAGUCUUCAAUGUCUUAAAGCACAUAAACCCAUACAUACUCUAGAAUGUCUCAAAUAAUAAUAAUA